AGGUGACAGUAGAGUGACGUGUGGGGUUGCUCGUGGAACGGUCAUUCUUACAAUAUUAACUUUGAAGAAGAGGAAGAAGCGUUGGUAACAGUAGCAAUAGAUAUGAGGAUCGUUCGGAAAGACCUGGUUCCCAAUGGACCUGGUAGCGUUAAGAUGGUGGCAGUGGAUUCCGAUGAUCUAUGGUUUGCAUAUAACUUGAUUGCUCCCGGAGACUCUGUUAUGGCCGUAACCGUCAGGAAGGUUCUUAGAGAAGCUGCUAAUGGCGGAAGAGAUGCGGAACGAGUUAAGCUCAAGUUGGAAAUUAAAGUUGAAGAGGUUGCGGAUUAUGACAAAGAAGGUUCUGUUUUACGUGUUCGUGGAAAGAACAUUCUAGAGAACGAACAUGUCAAGAUAGGAGCAUUCCAUACUUUAGAGCUUGAACUACAGCGACCUUUUGUGCUCAGAAAGGAUGUUUGGGAUUCUUUGGCUUUGGAGGUACUACAGCAGGCCUCUGAUCCUGGUGCAAGUGCUGAUCUAGCUGUAGUGUUGAUGCAAGAAGGACUAGCCCAUAUCCUCCUUGUUGGUAGAAGUAUGACUGUUACUCGUUCGCGGAUAGAAACUUCAAUUCCUCGCAAGCAUGGGCCCGCUAUUGCUGGUUAUGAGAAAGCUUUGAAUAGGUUCUUCGAUAAUGUUUUGCAGGCUUUCUUGAAACAUAUAGAUUUCAAUGUGGUUCGCUGUGCUGUAAUUGCAAGUCCAGGAUUUACAAAGGAUCAGUUUCAUCAUCACUUAUUUUUGGAGGCUGAACGAAGACAGUUGCGACCUAUUAUUGAAAACAAGUCAAAAAUCAUUCUUGUGCAUACAAGUUCAGGAUACAAGCAUAGUUUAAGGGAGGUUCUUGAUGCUCCAAAUGUCAUGAGUGUGAUAAAAGAUACUAAAGCUGCACAAGAGGUUCGAGUUUUGAAGGAUUUCUACAACAUGCUUUCAAAUGAUCCAUCACGUGCUUGUUAUGGAAUAAAACAUGUUGAGGUUGCCAAUGAACGACUGGCUGUGCAAACUCUUCUCAUUACAGAUGACCUUUUCAGGAAUUCAGAUAUAACAGCAAGACAAAAAUUUGUCAACUUGGUCAACUCAAUUAAGGAUUCGGGUGGCGCUGUCCAUGUAUUUUCAUCCAUGCAUGUCUCUGGAGAACAACUGGCACAGAUAAGUGGCAUUGCUGCAAUUCUUCGGUUUCCUCUCCCCGAUCUUGAAGACAUUGAGAUGUGAUGGACAAUGUUUGUCAAGCAAGUUGGUGUUGGCCAUGGCUCAUAUCUGUUUCAUACUAUUCUUAAACACAAGGCUGAUUUUGAAACAGUCCCUUGGUACUCCUAGCGAGUUGCUGGAUACGUUGAGCAAGGCACUUGUAUUAUAAACCAGGCGGUGCUAAUUAAUAGUUGCAAGUUAUAUUCAACGCCUAGUGUUCUAUAUUUUGGGGCGAAUACCUGUCCCCCUUUUGGUAUUUUUAAUUUUUUAUACGUUGAAAUUAAUACUUUCGAAGUUCCCACCUUGUACACCAUACCAAUCUGUUGAGUAAUUUACCUACACAGCUCACUCUCAACAAUGUGAGUAUUAAAUUAUGUUUGUAACUGCCCUCCUCUGUCACGAACCGGGCGAGUUCUCUCGUGUUUCUAGAGCAUUUCUGCUUGCACGCGCCUUCUAAAUCUAUCAUCCAUGUGUAUCAAUCAUUGAAUAACAUGUAAACUAUCGUGACUCAACUUUUUAUGUUGCCCCUUAAUGUUCAUCAAACGCAUCUUAU